UUGUCCAGCGCGCGCAGACACUUGCCGUCGCCGUGCCCCUGGCUCCUUCCGAGGCUCCCCCGGGAGGCCUGGUGGAUGCCGACCCCGGCAGAGGGCCGAGACCCACAGGAGUUCCCUGAUGGAGGAGCACAUGGAGGAGCCAGACGAGAAGCCCCCAGUGCCCCUGCCAGCCUCUGCUCAGGAUACUCAGCUGCCUCCAGAGACCAUCAUCAAAGUUGAGAUAGAAGAUGAGGGGCCACUGGCCGGCCCACCCCAGGAAGGGACAGACUUCAAAGUCGUGACUGUGGACUUCACUGGGGAAGAGGAGGCCAGUGUGAAUCCCGCCCAGAGGCCCCUGGACAGGGAUGUGGUUCCGGAGAACCACAGGGACCUGAUCUCUUGGGUCUUGGCAGCAGAAUUUGGAAGAGGAGAAGCACCAUCAAAGGGGAACCUUUUUUAUGACUCACCCCCCUCUAGAGUGAAACUGGAAAGGGUGAUGAAAGAUGACCCAGAAUUAUCUCCGCACAAAGUUCAGGAUGGUACAGACCCUCAGCAGCAGCAGGGAAAACAAGAGGGACUUGGGAAGGGGGAAUCCCUAGUUCAACAGAAAGCCUGUGUUCAUGAAAGAGUUUGCCAAAGUGCAGAGUUAAAGGAUAAUUUCAGUCUCAUCUCACCUCAGAGGGUACCCAUAAGAAGCCAUUUUCAUAAACGUGCUUCACAAGUGGAAAAGUUGCAUCUUAAUUCUCUUGUGAUGAGUCUUCAGGGGACUGAUGACAGCGAGGAACUCUAUAAAAGCCAUGGAUGUGGAAACCCCACUCUGGGCAUUCAACUGAUUCAGUUUCCGAGAGCUCACAAAGACGCUAGGGCCUACGGAUGUGGGAACACUAUUCAGUCUUUUGCCCACGGUGCACCCCGAUCUAUGCAUGAGGAAAUCCAUGCAGGGGAACAGUCCUCUGAUUUGAAAGAGCGUGAGCAAGCCCCCACGGAAGAGCCCCAGUAUAAAUGUCGCACCGCCCCGCAGGAGGCCACACCCUUUUCUCAGAACACCAAAACCCAUCCCGGGGAGAAGCCGCUGGCCUGCGACCAAUGUGGGAAGAGCUUCAGCUGGAGCUCCCACCUCCUGGCGCACCGGAGAACGCACACGGGGGAGAAGCCCUACGAAUGUGUGGAAUGUGGCAAGGCCUUCAGCCGUAGUUCUCACCUGGUGUCACACCAGAGGACUCACACCGGGGAGAAGCCCUACAGAUGUGACCAGUGCGGGAAGGCCUUCAGCCAGAGCUACGUGCUGGUGGUUCACCAGCGGACCCACACGGGCGAGAAGCCCUACGCAUGCCGGCAGUGCGGCCGGGCCUUCCGGCAGAGCUACAAGCUCCUGGCCCACGAGCGGACGCACACAGGCGAGAAGCCCUAUGAGUGCGCCCAAUGCGGCAAGUCCUUCAUCCAGAGCUACAAGCUGGUGGCCCACCAGCGGGUCCACACCGGGGAGAAACCCUUUGAGUGUGCCCAGUGCGGCAAGUCCUUCAGCCAGAGCUACAAGCUGGCAGCCCACCAGCGCACACACAGCGGGGAGAAGCCCUUUGAGUGCCAGCAGUGCGGGAAGGCGUUCAGCUGGAGCUCCCAGCUGGUGGCCCACCAGAGGACCCACACAGGCGAGAAACCCUAUGAGUGUGCCGCAUGUGGCAAGGCGUUCAACCGCAGCUCACACCUGGCCAUGCACCAGCGCACGCACACGGGUGAGAAGCCCUAUGCGUGCCCGCAGUGUGGGAAGGCCUUCAGCCAGAGCUACGUGCUGGUGGUCCACCAGCGCACGCACACAGGCGAGAAGCCCUACGUGUGUGGCCGCUGCGGGAAGGCCUUCCGCCAGAGCUCCUGCCUCACCCAGCACCAGCGGACCCAUACUGGGGAGAAGCCCUACGCAUGCGAACAGUGUGGGAAGACCUUCAGCUUGAGCGCCCGGCUCAUUGUGCACCAGAGGACUCACACCGGGGAGAAGCCCUUCUCAUGCCGGCAGUGCGGGAAAGCGUUCAUCAAUAGCACCAAGCUGCUCCGGCACCAGGCCACCCAUACCCAGGACACACCUUAUCUGUAA